UCACCUUAAACAAGGCUUCUUGACCGUUCAUUGCAAUCACAAGCCUUCACUAUUCAUCUAUAAAUAAAUCUUAAUUCUACCCACAGUUUCAUCUCACAACAACAAUGAACUCUCUUUCAACAACUUUGUUCUGUGUUGUGCUUGUAUUUGGAGUCUUACCUUUCUCCUCAAAUGCACAACUUGAUCCCUCCUUUUACAAGAACACUUGUCCAAACGUUAGUUCCAUUGUCCGUGAAGUCAUAAGAAAUGUUUCCAAGACAGAUCCCAGAAUGCUUGCUAGUCUCGUCAGACUUCACUUCCAUGACUGUUUUGUUCAAGGUUGUGAUGCAUCAGUUUUGUUGAACACAACUGAUACCAUUGUGACCGAACAAGACGCUUUUCCAAAUAUCAACUCUUUACGAGGCUUAGAUGUUGUCAACAAAAUCAAAACCGCUGUAGAAACUGCUUGUCCUAACACUGUUUCUUGUGCUGAUAUUCUUGCCCUUGCUGCUGAAUUAUCAUCUACACUGUCACAAGGUCCAGAUUGGAAAGUUCCAUUAGGAAGAAGAGAUAGUUUAACAGCAAACCAAUCACUUGCUAAUCAAAAUCUUCCAGCUCCUUUCAACACAUUAGACCAACUCAAAGCUGCUUUUGCCAAACAAGGCCUUAAUACUACCGACCUCGUUGCUCUUUCCGGUGCUCAUACAUUUGGAAGAGCUCAUUGCUCUUUAUUUGUUAGUAGAUUGUACAACUUCAGCAAUACUGGAAACCCCGAUCCAACUCUUAACACAACAUACUUAACGCAAUUGCGCACGCUAUGUCCCAACGGUGGAUCUAGCAAUAAUCUUGCUAAUUUUGAUCCAACGACUGCGGAUAAAUUUGAUAAAAACUAUUACUCUAAUCUUCAAGUGAAAAAGGGUUUGCUUCAGAGUGAUCAAGAGUUGUUCUCAACAAGUGGUGCAGAUACUAUUAGCAUUGUGAACAAGUUUAGUGCUGAUCAAAAUGCUUUCUUUGAGAGCUUUAAGGCUGCAAUGAUUAAGAUGGGUAAUAUUGGUGUGUUGACUGGGAAACAAGGAGAGAUUAGAAAACAGUGUAACUUUGUUAAUUCAAAAUCAGCAGAACUUGGUCUUAUCAUUGUGGGUUCUACAGAUUCAUUAGAGGAGGGUAUGGUUAGCUCAAUGUAGAUGUAGUGAUGGGAUGAAACUAAUAAAGAGGUUGUAAUUGGGCACAUUCAUGGUAUGUGUCUUAGAGUUAUUACUAUGUGUUGGUGAUUUUAGUAUCAUCAAUGCAUUUUGGUAGUAAUGUGAUUUACUAUAGGCCAAUGCAAUUAUGCGUUAAAUUUGAAACGAGUUAGGGUAGUGCGGAGUGCACGCUCGUCGAACCAAACGCGUAAUUGAAUAUGAAUAAUAGAAACGGGCAUAACGUUUCGUUUGAAUAGUUGCACCCGUUCCCAACGGACAUAACGAUUCGUUUGAAUAGUUGCACCCGUUCCCAACGAACAUAACGAUUCGUUUGAAUAGUUGCACCCGUUCCAACAGACAUAACUGUUUCCGAAGAGGUGUGUCUGUUCGCUUCUAUUAUUGGUCUCCUAUAUAAGGAGUCUUUUGGUCUCGAUUUGAAAAACGAAAUUACAUACUUCCUCUCAGGGGCGGAUACAUGUGUGGGCUAGGUGUGGCUAAAGCCCCAUCAGAAUUUUUUUAAAUUUUUUUAUAUCAUAUGUAUAGAUAGCUAUUACUUGUAGUAUGUAAACCAAAAAAAAUUAAAACUACUAUUUCUCUCUCACACUUAACUUACUACCUGUU